AUGUCGCAUCAAGGUAGUUUCGAAAAAUUACAACAAUCUGAGGAAGUGCGUAUAAACUUUGGUAUCAAUAUCGAUAAGCGAGACGCUGUCGAUCUCAAAACUGAUACGGAAGUCGUUUAUAAGCCCACGACAAUGGAUAACGACGGUAAAUGGAAUCUAAAAUUUCAGAGUUUGAAGCCAUAUAGUCCAGUGACACCUAAAGAUUCAGUGUUUUUGUAUGGGAUCGCGUUUACUGCGCAAAGUGUUAUUAGGCCAAAACAUCUACCUAAAAAUACUAUGCCUGUGGUAAAUGCCUCAUCCAUAUCUGGUGCUAGUAGAACUGUUCAAGUGGAGCCAAAGAAAGCUAGAUGUUUCAAUUGCUAUAAGGAAGGACACCUAAUUGCAAAUUGUCCUAAACCUAAACGAGAAAAAGGACCCUGCUUCAGUUGUGGUUCAAAACAACAUUUGAGAAAUGUCUGCCCUCAAAGGACUUCAGUGACGCCUGCUAGUACUACUAUGGUUAUAGGAUCUUCUACAAAAGAUGGGACAUGA